AUGGACGACAGCACUACCGCCAACCAAGCCCGCAUCAUCAAGGAAUUCAUUGCCGGCUACGAAGGAUGGACCGCCGAAGGCGUAACACGCCACCGCCACAAAGACUGCAUCCACAUCCAACUCCCCAAGUCAAUGGGCGUGCCCCAACGGACCAACGACGAAUACAGAAAAUACUUCAACAAAGUCCUUGCAAAACCCAUCACGGGCUUCAAGACUCAAUCUCGCAUCCUCGUCAACGACGCCAGAGAUAAUAUCGCCGUCUUCGCCGUCACGGCCACUUCGCAAAGUGCCAUCGGUCCUUAUGAAGAUGAGUAUAUUUGGGCUUUGUGGUUCACCAAGGAUGGAAGCGAGAUUGUAAGGAUUGAGGAGACGGUGGAUUCGAAGAGGACGGCGGAUUUCUUUGCGAGGUUGCAGCUUGCUGCGAAGACGGGUCUUACGGUGAAGCUUUGA